CAUCUGUUGACCAAAGGGUCUUUGGACAGUCAUGAGCCCCUCUUCUGUCGCUUCGUCCUCCACAGGUUCAGACGGAGGCUACUCUGAUUGGAAUGACGAGGUAGAGCUAUCUACCCAGUCCCUCUUUGACGACUCUCUACACCCUACCCCCGACGCGGCCAUUCAACAUGAUGCUACAAAGCAUGGAUUCGAUUUGCGGCAACGACACCUUGACAUGUAUCAGAUGAUGCGACUGGUCAAUCUGAUCAGAAAAGAGCAUCUGUCCCCAGAGGACGCGUCCAGGAUACCGAGCUCCGAUCCACGGUUGACGGAUGACGCCCUACUGGCUCCUGUCAUACCCGACGAUCCGCUACUUCAGUACUCGUUUGAUGAUGCAUGGUCCGAUGGACCCAGCGAGGCAUCAAUCUCGGUCCAGCUCUCGCACGCUCGUGCAGAGGCCGCCGCGCUCCGAUCAGUGAUCGAUACGGAGGAACCAGAAGCAGUCCCGAGAAGAGUCGACAAUGACUCUCACUACUUUGAUUCGUACAGUGAAAACGAAAUUCAUGAGAUCAUGCUCAAAGACACUGUCCGGACCACGACCUAUGGGAAAUUCAUCCUCUCAAAUCCCGAGAUCUUCAAUGGUGCCACCGUACUGGAUGUGGGGUGCGGCACAGGAAUUCUAUCGAUGUUUGCCGCUAGAGCAGGAGCGAAGAAAGUGUAUGCAGUGGAUGCGUCCGCGUUGGUAGGCAAAACACGCGAGAUUAUAGCCAUAAAUGGUUUCUCAGAUGUGAUCGAGGUGAUCAACCGCAAGAUGGAGGAACUGGAUUUGCCGGAACCUGUAGACGUCAUUAUCAGCGAGUGGAUGGGUUACAUGUUACUGUACGAAUCCAUGCUGGAUUCUGUGCUCGAUGCCCGUGAUCGUUUUCUCAAGCCGACAGGGCUCAUGGCUCCGUCUCAGGCCAAGGUUCUGCUGAGCGGUAUCACUGGUGACAAGGUCCAUGGAGAGAGGGUUGGGUUCUGGAAGAAUAUCUAUGGCUUCGAUAUGAGCGCAAUGAGCAAGGUGCAUCAAGCAGAGGGUCUCAUAGAGAACGUGCCCCACUCUGAAGUCGUGACCGACGAUGUCGUUUUGAGAGACAUUAAUAUUCACUCCGCCACGCCCCGCUCUCUCGACUUUAACACCGCAUUCGACCUCACUGCCACGAGGUCUUGUACCAUGCGGGCGUUCCUCACGCAUUUCGAUGUAUUUUUUGAACUGCAUCGCGAUGCGCUCCACCCUGGGAAAGCCGAUGCGACCAAGUCGUCAGACAAUGUGACGGAACCGCCUCCGAUAACACCCGGCCCGGUCAGCUUUACGACUGGUACGCGUGGGGAUCCGACCCAUUGGCAGCAAGUUGCCUUUCUUUUGAAAGAGCCAAUAGAGCUGGCGAAAGAUGCGCACAUUUCUGGUCAAUUCUACUGUCGUAAAUCAUCCUCCAAUACGCGAGAGUUGGACGUCGAGAUCCACUAUACACUAGAUAAGACUGCCGAGAGACGCACGUGGACCGUACAGACGUAUACAGUGAGGUAGAUGAUGAUGCAAUCAUGACCGAGUGGCCAGUGCUGGGAGAGGGAUCUAGAUCCAGUUGCAUAUGUAGCCCACCCGAGACUCGUUGAGACACUGCCACGGUAUCCAUAUAGUGAGGAUAUUGAGGCGCUGUUGAGCGGACAUUCCGCAUUCGGAGGGCGACAGGGCGGGGGCGACAGAGAAUUAUAAAUAAUAUUAUAGAAGGAGAGGGAAAAAAACAGGAUCUCGAAAAGAAAAAAAGGGGUGAGAGCGGUGAGGCCUGCAGGGUCAAAUAAGAGCAGUCGCAGGGCAAAAGGCAGCGGCGG